AAGAUAUAGGGAUACAAAUGCAAUAUAUGAAACAAAAUAUCCUACCCUUGCAAAAUAUCGCGAGAACUCGGUCCCAUGCACUUCUCUUCAAAACACUAUAAAUACAUAGCUCGAGUGGAGUCGGGUUUGCCAAAUUAACUAGCCAAAACCGGCGUGUAAAGAAUUAAAAAAAAAAACUCCCUUCUCGUCCCUCUCUAGAAUCUCUCUCUAUAGUACUUUCUUACUUUCUCUCUCUACUGCAACAAACGAAUCCGAAAAUGGCGGCAACAUCUAGAAGAUACUCAAGACCCUCCCCUCCAUCUUCUUCAUCAACAGCUUUCGCUCAUUCAAGCUCCGGCUUCGCAUCUCGCUCCUCAAACUUAUUUACCACUACUCAAUGUCACCACCAACAACACCACUAUCAGAGAUCCACAUCGCCACCUCGUGUUAACUUGUGUGGAACCGGCUCCGCCACCACUCGUUCCGCUUCCUCCGUACGCUUCUCUCUGGACCGUCCGAUCUCCCCUAACCGCUCCAUCACAUCGUCCGUUUCACGUGCUCCUCACCAGGUGGUUAGAAAGCCUAGCAAGAAGACUUGUAUGUGUUCGCCAACUACACAUCCUGGCUCCUUCCGUUGCAGCCUUCACAAGAACUUCAACAACAAUAACUCCAACUCUGUCAAUUACCCCUCGCCCAGCACGCGCUUAAACGCGCGUAGGUCUGCAAUGACCAACUCCUUGGUGAGGAUAUGUGGAGUGGAGGGCGAUUUGGUCAAAAGAGCUUUGUCUUCCUUGAUUCGCCCCUCUUCUCACCAGCAGAAGCGCCGCGCCGCUUUUCAGCCCCGUCCGAGCCGGCUUUCUGUCAUGUCUAAAGCCGAGGGUUUGUUAUAAUAAUUUGUCGUAUUCUAUUUGAUUAUUUCUCCUAGUUUUCCCGGCGGCGGAGCAGCUCAGAUCCCGAAGAAUGCGGUGAUUAUCGUGGCGGCGUGUGAGAUUCUCGACGGACGUGUUUUUUAGUGGAUCCGAUAUCAGAUAGCAGGACCAUGACCUUGAUAUACGAAUAUAUAUUAUGGAGUGUACAUAAACAUAUAUAUGAAACAAUUGCAGCCAGUCUCUGCCGAUUUCAGGA